GCAAGCAAGCCGAGGAGUCAAAAACUGGCGCAAGUACAAAUUAUUUAAAAUUUGUUCAUAAUAUUCCUCUUAAAAUCGAAAACAAAGUGCUUCACGACCUUCAGCAUUGGUUGUUCUUCAAUUGUACGUUAUUAUUGCCAGAGAGGACUACGAAACCGCAGCCGUUGUAAACAAUCAUUCAUCAGUAGCAGCGAGCGAUGUCCUCUUCGGAUGAAAAAGACGACGGCGGCGGCGGUGCCGAGGAUCGAUCAUCCGAAGAAUCGGAAAUCAAAAUCAAGGAAGAACCUGAUGACGUCAUGAUGGACGUUGACGGAUCCCCGCCGCCGGCGUUUGGUCCUGCUGCGCUGGGUUUGCACCCGGUCGGGACAAAGUUCCCGGAGAAAACCACUCCGACGCAGCCGGUUCAGGCGUUGAACGCGCGCGGGAUGCCCGCCAGGAUACGGAAAAAGAACAAGCUGUUCUUCGAUGACGAUCUGUUGAUAAACGAUCGGAUUCCGCCGAAGGGAAGCCCCCGAAAGGGCGGAACGCCAGGUGGAUCGGCAACUUCUUCGCCACAGAAGGGAUUGGUGACACCGGGGAAAACGCUGACCCGUUCAGGACAGAAGAAGAAGAUCUUGUCGCGGUAUGUCAAGAUGAAGGACAGUUUGAAAAAGCGCAAGGAGGAUCCGGAUGAAGGGACGAGCAGUACGCCCCUGCGGGUAAUCAAUCCGAUUGCCCUGCUGGACAAAAAAGCGAGCCAGCGGAUUGGACUGCGGUUGAGGAAUCUGCUGAAGCUGCCGAAGGCGCACAAGUUCGUGAGCUACGAAUGGUUCUACAGCAACAUCGAUCGCGCACUGUUCGAGGGCGAGAACGACUUCCAGAUGUGCUUGCGGGAGAUGUACCCGGAUCUGAAGACGCGACAUUUGACGAGAGCCGAGUGGAACCGGAUUCGCCGAACUAUGGGAAAGCCGAGACGUUGCUCGGCUGCUUUCCUGGCGGAAGAACGUCGCGAGCUGGAGCGAAAGCGUCGCAAGAUACGUCUGCUGCAAACCAAGCGCUCGGGAGAUGUCUCAUUCGUUCGGGAUCUGCCCAAGGAGAUUCCGCAGCAGCUUUCCGUGGGUACCAAAGUCACCGCAAGACUGCGGGCCCCUCAGGAUGGUUUGUUCACCGGAACCGUCGAGGCAAUCGAUGUGAUGUCCAGCUCUUAUCGGGUGUGCUUUGAUCGGCCGGGAUUGGGCUCGCAUACGAUUCCGGACUUUGAGGUCGUGGCGAACGACACUCCGGACAAGAUUGCUCUGAACACGAUCACCAAGGACUUCCGACCAAAGUAUCAGAAUGCUUCGUUCUAUGUAGCUUCUCCGGCGGUCAAAAAUCCCAUCACAGGAAUUAAAGGCGAUCCGCUGCUCGGAGGAGAUAGCUAUCCGAAGAUUCCUGGUAUGCCCGACAACAAGAUGCUUUUCCCGAAGGACAACAUCGGCGGAUUCCCUGUGAAACUUCUGGAGUUGAUUGUUCGGACUAGAAAAACCCUAUCUGCCAAACAGAUGAAGCUGCUUCGCUUGCAGAACAUGAACUCGGAAGCAGAGAUCUACAAGUCCUACGGAGAUCCGUUUCCGGAGGAAUUUCAGAAGCGCUACGCUUCGCUCGUGGUGGCCAUGGAGAAACUCAACCGGGACAUCCAUCAGCAGCUGAACCAACUGCAGGUCAGUUGUAAGAAUCUCGCGCAGGAUCCGGCGGUCGUGGCCAUGGUUUCGCCGAGUCACCUCCGGGAGCAGUGCCGCGAUCAGACCGAGAAAACUUUCGACAAGAACAACAACGGCCAGCUAACGAACGAUGCAAUGAUCAAGCUGAUCAAAGAUCUCACCACGGUCAUGUACGUGGCUUCCAACCUGGGCAAGAACGGGGACCAAACGGAACACUGCCUGCAGGUGCUGAAAGGCUGCAUGGAGGAGACCAAGGGCCGGUUGGAUUUCGACAACAUGGUCUCGUUCCAGCGGGGAGUGGUCCAGCAUAUGAAACAUAUCCAGGCCGGCUUCGAGGCAGCUCACAGGCAGAAAGUGGCCGAGGAACAGCAGCGGCAACAGUUGCUGGACCAGCGGCAAUCCGAGGUGGACGCGGCAGCAGCUGCUGCGGCGGCGGCGGCGACGGCAGCCGAGGUGGAUUCUGUCGAGAACUGAGCUUGGAGGCAGGAGGGUGCGUGCAUUUUUCUUAUAUAUUCUUUUGUAUUAAUUUUUUCAAGUGGUUAAUUUUAGUGCAGAGUUUUUCUUCUUUCCUCGAGAUAUCCAAUGAAAUACGAUAUAAUAAAAGAAUUCGACAUAA